CAUCAUCAUCAUCAUCAUCUCUCCGUGACACAGCAGCAACAGCAGCAGUAGCAGUUUCAGCCCCGCUCUAAACGGCCCUGUUUACAGCCUACAGCUCGCCCAGCUGCUCCCGCUGAGGGCAGCGCUGUUCGGGGAACACGCACACGGUACGAGGAGUGUUUUACCCCGGGCAUGAGCUCUGUCUCCCCCGCAGAGUCACAGAUAGCGCCGCCAGUCCCGAGCCGGACUCCCCGCAGCUAACGCUACCGCUAAAGCUAAAGCUCUGCCGGGGGAGAGGGUCUUCUGGAGGAGCUGUCAGUGUCAGGACUCGAUCUGUGUGUGUGUGCGCGGGUGAACUCGGACAUCGUGUUCUUUCCCGGGGAACCCAGUAAAGAUGUCCGGUACCUGUUCGUCUGCGGCGAGGGUGCUUUUAAAUUCUGCACAUAAAGGCUUUUCAAGUUCGCGCAUUCAGUUUUUUGCCCUCAGUAGACCAGCGUCCCGUGAAGCUCAUCUUCCUCCAACAGUACAGGUCCGAUUGUUUUCAGAGACUGCGGUGUGUUUUGCCUCAAAGGACAGCACACCAACUGGUGGAUCCAAUGAUGGAGGAAAGAAGAGUGUGACAGAAAUGGUUGGAAAGCGGUCGAUGGGUUCGGGGGGCUCAGGAAAAGGAGGCAGUCAGCUCCGUUGCCCCAAAUGUGGAGACCCCUGCACACAUGUGGAGACAUUUGUGUCAUCGACACGUUUUGUGAAAUGUGAAAAGUGUCAUCACUUCUUCGUGGUGCUUUCUGAAACUGACUCUAAGAAGGGUCUGAAUAAGGAGGCAGAAUCUGCUGCUGAGGCUGUUAAACUGGCAUUUGCUCAAAAACCUCCUCCGCCACCUAAAAAGAUCUAUGCCUACCUCGAUAAAUACGUAGUUGGCCAGUCAUAUGCAAAGAAAGUGUUGGCAGUUGCAGUGUACAAUCAUUACAAACGGAUCUACAACAACCUCCCAGCAGGAGGCAGACAGCAGGUGGAGGCAGAAAAGCAGAGUUCUCUGACUCCUCGAGAGCUAGAGAUCAGAAGACGAGAAGAUGAAUACAGAUUUACUAAGUUGCUUCAGAUUGCUGGGAUCAGUCCACAUGGCAAUGCUCUUGGAGCUUCUGUUCAGCAACAGGCCGCUCAGCAAGCUCCACAGGAGAAAAGGGGAGGAGAGGUGCUGGAAUCAACUCAUGCUGAUAUCAAAUUGGAGAAGAGCAACAUUGUGUUGCUGGGCCCUACAGGAUCUGGUAAAACCCUGUUGGCACAGACCCUGGCUCGGUGCCUGGAUGUUCCUUUUGCCAUCUGUGACUGUACCACCCUGACUCAGGCUGGUUAUGUGGGUGAGGAUAUUGAGUCAGUCAUAGCUAAACUGCUACAAGAUGCAAAUUAUUCAGUGGAGAAAGCCCAGCAAGGAAUAGUGUUUCUGGAUGAGGUGGAUAAGAUUGGGAGUGUUCCAGGAAUCCAUCAGCUCAGAGAUGUGGGAGGAGAAGGCGUCCAGCAGGGUUUGUUGAAGCUCCUGGAGGGAACAAUUGUGAACGUUCCAGAAAAGAACAGCAGAAAGUUGCGAGGAGAAACCGUGCAAGUUGACACAACCAACAUCCUGUUUGUGGCAUCAGGCGCUUUCAACGGAUUGGAUCGAAUCAUUAGCCGCAGGAAGAAUGAGAAGUACCUCGGUUUUGGCACACCCUCGAACCUGGGAAAAGGGCGCAGAGCAGCUGCAGCAGCAGAUCUGGCCAACAGUUCUGGGAGUGAGGUGGAUGCAGUGGCUGAGAUUGAGGAGAAGGACAGACUCUUAAGGCACGUAGAGGCGCGGGAUCUCAUCGAGUUCGGGAUGAUUCCUGAGUUUGUGGGAAGACUGCCUGUGGUGGUGCCUCUGCACAGCCUUGAUGAAGAGACACUGGUUCGUAUUCUCACAGAGCCUCGCAACGCUGUGGUUCCACAGUACCAGGCCCUCUUCAGCAUGGACAAGUGUGAGCUGAAUGUGACUCCUGAUGCACUGAGAGCCAUUGCCAGACUAGCUCUCGAGAGGAAGACUGGAGCCCGAGGCCUCAGAUCUAUCAUGGAGAAGCUGCUGCUGGAGCCCAUGUUCGAGGUGCCACACUCAGACAUCAUGGCUGUGGAACUGAAUAAAGAAGUGGUCAUGGGCAAGAGUGAACCACGUUACAUGAGGGCUCCAGCUAAGGAGAACACAGACGAGGAGUACGACUCCGGCAUCGAGGAGGAGAACUGGCCGAGACAGGCAGAUGUUGCCAACAACUGAGAAUCCAGCAGUGUAUCAUUCAGGAUCUUUCCAGGCUCUGGAACACAGUCACUGAACACAAGAAGCAACUUUCACUUGUCCAGGGCUGGGAGAGGGGACCUCACCUAGACAUCUAGAUAUAAUAUGGGGAUGUUUAAUUGUUAAAAUAUGUAAAAAUCAUAAGGACCGAGAGCAGUAGAUUUUUUAAUCACCUUCUGGUCCAAAUCUUUCCUAUAACCUGUAAAAAGAAAAUCCUGUACAGAACAACACUAGACACCCUAAUGCAUUGGGCUGGAAGGUUUAUCUGCAAAUGUUAGAGAUUGUCAACAUUUUUUAUAUAUAUACAUAUAUAUAAAUCUAAAGACAGUUAUAUAUUGUUCAUAAUAAGAUUUUUGUGAGUGACUUUUUUGUGAGGAAGAUUUUUUGUGAGUGCACAGUGGAGGGAAAAUUUGCCGAAACGUUUGCCUUCAGCGGGAUCAGAUUAUAUACACUUCAAGGCAUAAGACUGGGAAUGUUGAAUUUUAUUAUUUUUUGGUGCAACUUCUUCUUUUUCUCAUCUCAGUAAUAGUAUUCCAAACUGGGAUAAUGGCGGUCCUGUUUUCCCAUCCUGUCUGUUUUAACGAUGGUAUUGAUUUCUACAGAUGCUAUGUAAAUGUGAAGCUGCUCUAGUCUUGUAGAACAAUUAUUUUUAAACUACCUAUAAUUUAACCAAGAAAGCAGAUAGAAAUGAUGGUGAUUUUGAAGCCCUUCUAGCCUUUCUGUCAAAUGUGUUACACAACCGUUGGCUUUUGUCCACCUUGUCAUCAUAAUAGAUGUACUGUUUGUCCCAAACCUCAGGCUCGCUGGAGUGUAGUAGAUUAUAAGGGUUAGUAAGUCCCAGUACUUCUUGUUCUCUAGAAAUAAAACCUGCACAUACACAGCGCACACACACCGAGUACACUGUAUUAUAUGACACAGUGAUAAAAGUGUGUUUUAAUCAGGAUCACACCAGUUUAACUUUCAACUUGCUCGUUUUAUUGUUUUGUUUAUUAUUUUUUUGUGAAUCAGGUCCCCCUUUUCCCAUUUCAAACGUCAAACAAACAACCACAAAAGCCAUUAAGUCUGGUAUCUCAAAGAUUUAUAGUUGUCAUUGUUUAAAACUUUAAUAAAAAAAAGAUAUGUCACUGUAA